AUGGGGGCCGGGGGCAGUCGAGGCAGCAUUCCUGCAGUGGAGCAAGUGGGCAUAGGCUUGGAGGAGAGCUUCGUUUCUCCCCAAGAUGAAGAGGAGAAGGGCUCCUCCAAGAGCACAAGGGGCAUUAACAGCCCUCUGAAGGAGAGCAGCAGACAGCAGACAGUCUCUCCUGGAGACAUCAGCUGGUGGAUAGGACACACAGAGCCUAAUGCAGGGCUGGUUGUUCCGGAGGGGGAAGCUGCGUUCUCCUCCCAGCUAUCUCCAGGAGGGAUCUGCCCGCACACACACAACGCUCCUGCGGCUGAAGGAGGCCACCUAAGCUUGCGGGAGAGCUUCGUUGCUCGCGAGGAUGGGGAGAAGAAGACGGGCCAGGGGCAGCCGGGCAAGGUCUCGGCAGGCUCAGGGCACCAGACGGCCCAGGCCCGCACGCCGCAGGGCUGCAGAAAAGAAGCGCAAGAGAUCGUCACCUUGAACGUGAAGAGGAUCUUCACGAUCCUUUUCUUGUUGAACCUGGCUGCUCUUGUUGGUUCCUGCUGCGGGAUCCUGCAGCUCAUGUGGAUGCAGGGGGCAGAGGAUGUGGCACAGGAAGUUCGGCUAAUGGGAGAGGCAAUGUCUGCAAGCACGCAGAUGUCUGACUGGGCUCUGAAAGAGGCAGGGGCUGCCAUGGACCUGCAGAGAUCGUCCAGCAGCUCUGCAGGACUCUGCAGGGUGUUUUGGUUCCUGUGUGCUCCAGCCCCCCAGGACACCUUUGUGCAGCCAGAUGCCUUGCCAGGAUACUACUGGCCUUUCCAAUGGUCUCGGAGCAAGCAGCUGAUCCGGUCCCCCACACAAAUACAAGCGACAGCCAUCACCAGAGAUCAAACCUCAAAGAUGGCCUCUGCGCUGGGGACUGUCAGCAGUGCCCCCCGAGAUUUCACUGUCUCUGGACCGGAUGAGGAAGGCGAGCAAGAAACUCUGCUGGGGACAUCUCCCCACACCCUGCAGAAAGGGCCAAAUGAGACCUUCCCUCUGCAGAAUGGGAUUCCCAGAGGCUUUCCGUUUCUGAAACUUGGCAUACGGAGCAACUGGGGAAAACCAGGAUACACCUGCAUUUAUCGAGUGCAAGUGCAUGGGAAGAUCAUGGGAAGGAAGGCCGUCGGCCAGACACCUGUGUAG